CAGAACUAGAGUUGUGGAAGUUGCAUCUGCUUGCAAAAUAUGUAUGCUUGACAAUGAGCAUUGGAUCUUUAGAGACGAAUUCUUAAAAUUAAGAAUCUUGUUACGAAAAUGUCAUCACUAAGAUAAUAUGAAACAACAACUUUAUGGACACCAUUAUCUAUAAAAUUCAGAUCCCAGGAGCCACCCUAUUGGCAUGGUUAUAGAGGAGCUGGCUACUGUAGUCAGCUUUACCUGCGACUUUUCAACUACCUGGGUUUCAAUCCUACAGAAGGCAAGAAUCAUAAAUGCCAUGUUAAGCACUGUUUUAUAGUGUUUUGAAACCAGUGGGCAAGCAUGCAAACAGAAAGAAAAAUUCUAUAGUUUCUAAAAAACCUGUUUUUCGAACAGAUGUGCUGAUGAUACCAUUGUCCAGUUGGAAUAUUCAGAAGGCAAACCUAAAGCACAUUACUAUUAACAAAGAAGUUAGCAUCCAGUAUACCUGGAUUGUAUAAGAAUUGGAAGUAAACUUCAUACUGCAAUUUACCGUAAAUCAACUGGCAGCACAGCAAGAAUCUCAUUUGAUUUCUUUCAUAUUUCAUCCAGUCAACGGUGGUCCCUGCAGUGCUGUAGCCAAGUCGCCUGCCGGCCACCGGUGAAACCCACAGCACUCAACGUGUUAAACCCAAGACCUUGGUUGGUGCAGUAAAGCAUGGCUGAGGACGUGUCAUGUGUGAGGAUGCAUGUCAACAUCAGGAUUAAAUCUUUAAAGCAUUUGGAACAGAUGAAAGAACAAAAGUGGUAAUUUAAGUUAACCUGAAAGCAUGUUAAAAGAAUUCGAGAAAAAAUAUUUAACUUCUUAUCAGAUAUCCAGUCAUAAUAAAAAAUUGUCCAAGAUUUAAUAAACACUGAUCCAGAAUUAUUAGAUUCUGGUCAUAACUUGAGUGAAAAGUGUGAGCAAAAUAUCAGACAUUUGAACUAUAAAAAAAAAUCAAAAUAGUUUGGUGCAUUUAAGUUUAGACAAAAAAGCAAUGAGUUCAAAGCUUAGACAUAUUGACAGCAGAAUUUCUGCCUCGAAUAAUAACAGUGAUCUUUUGCUUGAUAGUAAUGAAGGUCAUAUUUCAGAAGAAAGUGAGCAGCAUAAUAAAAAUUUGUCACAUGGUAAAAAAUGGCAAAGAAAAUCUUAUUUUUCACAUUCUCUGGCCAAAGAUCCAGCUUUGCAUCCUAAUUGUCUCAGUGAUCCAUUUCGAUCAGAAUUAUCUUUACAGGAGGAAGACCUGCGUAGUUCAAAAAUUAAAAAUGUGAGUCAAAAUUUCAAAUCCCGCUGCUUGAAAACUAAGCACAGGAGACAAUCGAAACGUAUUCGAUAUUCUCCACUAGCUUAUUGGAAAAAUGAAAGAAUUCAAUAUCAGUUUUUGAAAAAUGGUGACAUUUCCAUUUUAGGCGUACAGAAAAGUUUACCAAUAAAUAAAGAGGGGGAAACUCAUGCUAAAAGAAAAAAAUUUAAAGCUUCUGGUAAAAGAAAAGAAUUUAAUGAUAAAAUGGAAAAUAAAGAUUUAGCAAGAAUCACAGUUUGGGAUAACUCAACUUGUACGGAUGUAGAAGCUAAUGUAAUCAGACCGUUUAGCUCACUCGAAUGGUAUUAUCCUAAUCCAAAUGAACCUGAUAAUGAUGACUAUAUUUUAGCUAUAAGUUUCCAAUGUUCCCAUUCAACUUGGGGCUUUAUAAAAAUAAAACCAUUUUGUCAGAAACCUGGUCAGUUUCACCCUGGAGUAGAUAUCCACUUUGUUGUAAUUAAAGGUAAAGUUGAAGUAAGCGUUCAUACAUCAAAAUUUUUACUAAGUGGAGGUGGAUCAUUUGUUGUACCAGAUGGAAAUAUUUACAGCAUAACUAAUGUACAUAAAUCAGAUGCGUGCCUAGCAUUUACCUAUACCUCGGACCGAAUUCGGAAUAGUAAUAUUUCAGAAUAACAUCAGUAUGUGUGCCUUAAUAAUGCAUUAAGUUCUUCCAUUUCUUCUUUUGCCUAAUAUAGUAUUUUCAGAAAUUCACUGUAUUAUAUGUGUACAUGACUUUUUACUAUUCCAUAUCUAAUCAUGUCUUUGUACGUAAAGAUGCAUUUUCCUAAACAUCAAGAUAGCAAAUAUGAUAUAAUAAAAUGAUAUUUCUUAAAUCAUUAUUUUGUAAAAUUACAUUUUGAAACUUCAUUUUUAAAUAAAACUUAUAUAUUCUGUAUGGUUUUGUGUUUAUUCAUUUUACCAGAUGGAAAUGCUUAUAGCAUAGCUCAUGUUUAUAUUACAUCCAGUGCACUGCUUGUAUUUACCACUACCAUGUAUGCAAUUUUGAAUAAUAUUUCAAAAUAGCUUCAGUAUGUGUGUAUUUAUAAUGUAAUAAGUUGUUCCAUUUCUUUCCCAAAUAAUUUUCAGAAGUUCUCUUUAUUGUAUGUGUACAUGACUUUUAUGUGUUCCUAAAUAAAGGUGCAUUUUGCUUAACA